UGAAAUAAAAAUGUCUUUCCAGAUAGAAUCAAGUGUUCAGUCAAAUUACUCGUUUCUCCAGAUCAGUGUGAACCCGUUUGAUGGGAACAAUAGAGACAAUCCAAAGCCAGGGAAAUCAAAUGUGUACAUAUGCGCACUGAAUACAAUCAAUACAGUUUUAGGAGGAGGGAUCCUAACCCUUCCCUACACUAUGCUCCAAUGUGGGGUUAUUUUUGGAACAACAGCCUUCAUCAUCUCCUUACUGAUGGGGAUAAUCUGAAUUAAGCUCCUGCUUGAGCUCAAAGAAAUUACAGGGCAUUCUUGAUAUGCCUCAAUUGCUUAUGAGUGAAUGGGAAGGAAAGGACUCAUUGUGAUAAAUAUCCUCAUCGCGAUCUUGUGUCUUGGGGUUCCACUCAUGUUCAUAGUUGUAUUCGCAGAUGCAGCAACUCCACUGGUAGAGGAUCUUCUGUUUGAAAACUACUCUCGAACAAGGGAAAUAGUAGUCGUUUGUAAUGCAAUCAUUCUGCUCUGGUUCUGAUUUAACAAGGAAGUCCAUAAUUUAAGAAUCGCAUCUUAUACUUCAAUUAUUUGUGUAGGACUGUUCUUUUACGUCAUCGUGCAUAUCCUAAUAUAUCACUGGGAAGAACUGGAUAACAAGAUAUUUGACCACAUAGAUAACAGGAAAGAUGGGUAUACCUUGACAAUUCCUAACAUUAUCCUUGCAUUCGGGUUCCAUCCGUGCUUCUUCCCUCUUUACAACUCGCUGAAGCCAGAAUUGAAGAAUUCUAAAAGUGGGAUGAAAUUUACCUCUAUGGCGUUUGUGUUCACCUUCGUGGUUUACAUAAGCAUUUGAUGCUUCUCCCUCAUAAUUUUUGGGGAUUCCUUAAAAUCAGAUAUUUUGAAGAACAUCUCAGAGUCCGAUUACGAAUAUCGGAGAUUCAUCCUCUUCGUGUACUUGAUAAUCUCCUUAAUGCAUAUGCCGAUGGUGUUCUUCUCUGGAAAAGAAGCCUUUCUGAAUCUUUGAAUUGAGCUCAAAUAUGGUAAAAUUUCUCAAUAUUGAGAAAAGGUUAAAUCAGAUUCGGCUCUAAAGACUGCCUUAACUACGAUGGAGUACAAAUCUAAAUCUUUUGUGAAGGAAAUGGAUAAUUUGGAGUACUAUAUUCUUACUUCGGUUGUUUACAUCACAACAUUCUCAAUUGCUUUCAUAGUGACAGAUUUAGGGCAGAUAGUAGCAUUUCUCGGGACAUCAACCUGCUUCGUACUAUGAUUCCCUAUCCCAGCUAUUUUCUACCUUCUCCUCACUAAACCCCCCACAUCCCCCAGACACGCACCCUCCCAAACAAGUUGUAACAAAUCCCUAUUCCUGAAGUACACCAGUUGGGCCAUCCUAGCAGUGAGUACUCUGUUCAUGGCUGAUCUGGCCUAUGAAGUAGUCCAGAUUCUUAGAUAAAGGAGUUUUAAAGUAGAGAUUUUAA